UGCUGCUACUGGGAAGAGGACAGCCUCAGCUGUGUUCCUGGGAGAGCAGAUUAACUUCACCACAGUGGACCCAGGCGACCAAACAAGCCAAAAUGGACGAUAAUAUGGAUUCAAAAUCCAUUCUAGAAGAACUUCUUCUCAAAAGGUCACAGCAAAAGAAGAAAAUGUCACCAAAUAAUUACAAAGAGCGGCUUUUUGUUUUGACUAAAACAAACCUUUCUUACUAUGAAUAUGACAAAAUGAAAAGAGGAAGUAGAAAAGGAUCAAUUGAAAUUAAGAAAAUCAGGUGUGUGGAGAAAGUCAAUCUCGAGGAGCAGACACCUGUGGAGAGACAGUACCCAUUUCAGAUUGUCUAUAAAGAUGGACUUCUCUAUGUCUAUGCAUCAAAUGAAGAAAGCCGAAGUCAAUGGUUGAAAGCAUUACAAAAAGAGAUAAGGGGCAACCCCCACCUGCUGAUCAAGUACCACAGUGGGUUCUUCGUGGAUGGGAAGUUCCUGUGCUGCCAGCAGAGUUGCAAAGCGGCCCCAGGAUGUACCCUCUGGGAAGCAUAUGCUGAUCUGCACAUUGCCGUCAAUGAAGAGAAACACAGAGCUCCCUUUUUCCCAGACAGGGUGCUAAAGAUUCCGCGGGCAGUUCCUAUUCUCAAAAUGGAUGCACCAUCUUCAAGUAUUACUCUACCUCAAUAUGACGUUGAUGCAAAGAAAAACUUCAGUUCCCAGCCAGAUGUCAACAUGCGAUAUAUUCCAAGGGAAGACUGCCCUGACUGGUGGCAAGUAAGAAAACUGAAAAGCAGUGAAGAUGUUGCAUGCAGUUAUCAGAUGGAAAGAAAUAUUGUAAAUCACAGCACCUCAAAGAUAUCAUGGGGGUUCCCUGAGUCAAGUUCAUCUGAAGAAGAAGAAAACCUGGAUGAUUAUGAUUGGUUUGCAGGUAACAUCUCCAGGUCACAAUCUGAGCAGUUACUGAGACAAAAGGGAAAAGAAGGUGCAUUUAUGGUUAGAAAUUCCAGCCAGGCGGGAAUGUACACGGUGUCCUUAUUUAGUAAGGCUGUGAAUGAUAAAAAAGGAACUGUCAAACAUUACCAUGUGCAUACAAAUGCUGAAAAUAAAUUAUACCUGGCAGAAAACUACUGUUUUGAUUCCAUACCAAAGCUUAUUCAUUAUCAUCAACACAAUUCAGCAGGCAUGAUUACAAGGCUCCGCCACCCUGUGUCAACCAAGGCCAACAAGGUCCCAGUCUCUGUGUCCCUGGGAAGUGGAAUCUGGGAACUGAAAAGAGAAGAGAUCACCCUGUUGAAGGAGCUGGGAAGUGGCCAGUUUGGUGUGGUCCAGCUGGGCAAGUGGAAGGGACAGUAUGACGUUGCCGUUAAGAUGAUCAAGGAGGGCUCCAUGUCAGAAGAUGAAUUCUUUCAGGAGGCCCAGACCAUGAUGAAACUCAACCAUCCCAAGCUGGUUAAAUUCUAUGGAGUAUGUUCAAAGAAAUAUCCCAUAUACAUAGUGACUGAAUAUAUAACUAACGGCUGUUUGCUCAAUUAUCUGAAGAGUCAUGGAAAAGGACUAGAACCCUCCCAGCUCUUAGAAAUGUGCUAUGAUGUCUGUGAAGGCAUGGCUUUCUUGGAGAGUCACCAAUUCAUACACCGGGACUUGGCUGCUCGGAACUGCCUGGUGGACAGUGACCUGUCUGUGAAAGUCUCUGAUUUUGGAAUGACAAGGUAUGUUCUUGAUGACCAGUAUGUGAGCUCAGUAGGAACAAAGUUUCCAGUCAAGUGGUCAGCCCCAGAGGUGUUUCACUACUUCAAAUACAGCAGCAAGUCAGACGUAUGGGCAUUCGGGAUCCUGAUGUGGGAGGUGUUCAGCCUGGGGAAGCAGCCCUAUGACUUGUAUGACAACUCCCAGGUGGUUGUGAAGGUCUCCCAGGGCCAUAGGCUCUACCAGCCACAACUGGCGUCGGACACCAUCUACCAGAUCAUGUACAGCUGCUGGCAUGAGCUUCCAGAAAAGCGACCCACAUUUCAGCAACUCCUAUCUUCCAUCGAACCACUUCGGGAAAAAGACAAGCCUUGAAGAAGAAAUUAGAAGUGCUGAUGAGAAUGAAUGAAGAGAAGGAACAAGUGACACAAUCCUUCCUUCUCUAUGAGCCUGCAGACCAGUGGGAACCUGCAUCACAGACCGUUAAUCUUUGUUUUUGGUCUCCCUCUUGAUUGUUUUCCUUUAUUGUCCUUAUUUUUGUCUAUUUGAUCUUUUAAAAAAUAAUCUGCUUUAUAACAAAAGUAGUACAUGCUUGUUGCAAAAUUCAAACAAUACAGAAUUGUUUACUAUGAAAAGAGAAUAAAGCUUUGCUUAGAAA